AUGGUCCGCUUCGGGGACGAGCUGGGCGGCCGCUAUGGGGGCGCCGGCGGCGGGGAGCGGGCCCGGGGCGGCGGGGCCGGCGGCGCGGGCGGCCCGGGCCCCGGGGGGCUGCCGCCGGGCCAGCGGGUCCUCUACAAGCAGUCGAUCGCGCAGCGCGCGCGCACCAUGGCGAUGUACAACCCCAUCCCGGUCAAGCAGAACUGCUUCACCGUCAACCGCUCGCUCUUCAUCUUCAGCGAGGACAACGUCGUCCGCAAAUACGCCAAGCGCAUCACCGAGUGGCCAUAUCCUCCGGGGCCGGGCGGCCGGGCGGGCGGGCGGGGGCUGCCCCGGGCGCGGGCGCAGGGCCGGCGCCGGGUCCGGCGCCCGCGCCCCGCCGGGUGCGGGAGGGGCGGCUGGGCCGGGGCCAGGGCGGUGGGUCGUGCGGCGCCCAGUGGCCAUCUUCCCGGCCAGGCGGAGGGUGCGACCCGGGAGCGGCACCGGGGACUCGGCUGGAGGGGGCGGGGCGGGGCUGCGGGGCCUCCGCCGCCGCGGGUGCGUGUGCGCGCGCGCGUGGUCGCGGCGCGGCGGGAGCGGGUGGACGCUGGGCGGAGCCCCCCGCCCCGGGCACGUCCCUUCGCUCCCGGCCGGAUGCCGAGCGCAGGCCGCCUGGAGGGCGCCGCGGGGGCGCCGGGUUUGGGGGUGCGAGCCCCGGGGCCGCGGGCCGCGCGCCGGGCAGCAGGUGCGGCGUGUGUGCGGGCCCCUCGGGACACGCAUGUUCACGUGCCCGUGUCGGUACAUGUGGCUACGUGUGCCGCUGGCGGGAGUGCGCCUGCGCGGGGUCCCUCUCCAGCCCGGGCGGGGGGCGCACCGCCUCCUCCCUCCGGGCCUCCGGGCUCCGGGCCGGAGCCGACGGCGCUGUCCGCGGUGCUGACGGCGCCGCGCCGGCCCCAGGGCUGGCGGCCGUGA